AUGAUUGCUGCUUCCAUUGAAAGUAGUGAUGAUGACAUGCCCAAUAACUCAAUCGAUGUCGUUACAUCAAAUUCAUCAUCGACUAAUGAUACAUCAUUACAUGCUUUAUAUCCAAUCGACGACACAAGUUCACAACAAUUAACUAAUACUGCUGAUUUUUCAUCAUCAUAUGAAGACGACGAUGAUGAUCUGGACGAAUUACGUCGCACAACCGAUAUUAAUUAUCUACGUAAACUUUAUACUGGUAGUUCUUUAUCAUUACACGAUGCUUGUCAAAUAACUAUUAGAUUAGCCCGUCGAUUAAAUCUAGACAAAAAAAAAGACAAAUAUAUUAUUAAAGGGCGUGGGUGUGGGUGUGUGUGGGUGUCGGGUGGGGUGGGGGUGUGGGUGUGAGUGUGGGUGCGAGUGUGAGUGUUGGUGUGUGGGUGUGGGUGCGGUUGGAGGUGUGCUUGUGGGUGCAUAUGGGUGUGGGUGUGGGUGUUGGCGUGUGGGCGUGGGGUGUGGGUGUGGGUGUAGGGGUAGGUGUUGGGUGUGGAUCGAUGACUGUCUUGUAUAAGCACCCACACCCACACACCCACAUCCACACCCACCCACACCCCCACCCACACCCACACCCACACCCCCCGCCC